AGUUGGAAGAAAAUACUUGUAGUUAAGAAGGUGGGUUAGAGGAGUGAACAUAGAUUUCGGUUUGCAUAUACUGAACUCCGUGCUCAGGAAAAGAAGACCUUGGGGCUUGGUCAUCAGUUUAUUAUUAUACUUUGCGCUUUGGAAAAGAAGGCGUCACAUCAUCAGUUUGGAAUUUAUUAACAAAACAGCGUCAUCGCUUCUUAAUUAUUGGUCAGAUCUAAAUCUUGCUUUUGGCUUGGAUAAACAUAAUAUUUUAUUGAAACAAGGCAUGGAUAAGCAUAUUUUUUUCAUACAGAGGAAAUAAAUCAUUUAAUAAAUUUUAUCAUUGUAUCAAGCCGAUAUGAUAGAACAAGAGUCUAACCUCAGGCCUAUGCAUACAACUAUAUGAUAGCCAGCACAUGCUGAGUUCACGAACCGAUAAAGAAAAAGUUCAAAAGAGGUAAAAACAUCCUCUUUGCCUGCCUGCCCCAGUUGGGCACACGUGGUUUAAGCACUUAAUUAGUGGCUGCCUAGUAUACAUAUGUGCAUAUUGGAUUGCUCUAUCGGUCCCUGUUGCAGUUGGUAUGAAGAGAAUGGGUCGUGAGAGAUAUGACUCUGAUUGGAAGGAAGUGAAGGUUAUCAAUGGCUACGCUGUGUUUAUGGCCUACUUGUCAUUCGCAGUGAGAGGGUUAGGCUUCCUGGUCAUGACGUGGACUACAGUGGUUCUUCUCGGUGGCUUUGUCUCUAUGGUAGACAAGCUAGAUUUCUGGCUUCUCACGGUGAUCACCCUAAUACAGAUACUCUGGAUCGAUGUCUCUUUCAAUCAAAGGAUAAGGUACAUUGGUGGUCUGUACUCGAACUUGAAGGGGGUGAACAGUAUAUUGACAGAUAAUGCUCACCCUGAGAACAGGGUACCACCAGAUGUAAAGCGAGCUGUGGUGGUGGUACUUGCAGUGAUCAGGCCGGUUCUAGCGCUGGUUCACAAAGUGAUGUUGCACAUGUACAUUGGCCCUCUGAUGUGUCUCCUAUGGUCUGGGAUGGUCAUCACCACUGUGAUUUCGAUACGAGGUCUAGUGCAACACAACCACUACGGAGACAAGGAUGUGGACAAAAAGAACAUGGAUCCGGCGCAUAAUGUCUUGUAUGUCUUAUGUGUUGCCCAAGGCGCCCUGUUCUUGUAUUAUUCUGUCUUGUUGCUUUCGGAGAAGAGGAUAGCUAAACAAGUGAGCCGAGCAUACGGCUUCAAAGAUGGUGGCCAUGCAGUUUUGGGCUACUUGCGCGAGAUUAAGAGGGGAUGCUUGAAGAGUCCAUCCUCUGCCAGAGGAAGGAACCUCGUCACUUAUGCUGUACAACUCAUGGAGUCCAAGUCACCUCAUUCGAGAGGAUCAUAUGAAAAAUUGAUGAGGGAAUCUGCUGCAAGGAUAGUGGAGUAUGUUGCUGUCGGGAUUCGUUUGGAGCAGUUCCCACGAGGGAUCCAAUGCAUAUCUACACUCCUCAACACCUUUGAAGAAUACCGUGGACUCCAGCCAUCGUCAUCGUCAUCACCAAACACAAACAAUAGUCAUGAUCAGGAACAAAGCAGCAGCACCAACGAUCAUUCUCCGCCAUCAGAUUCAGAAUCAGAUUCAGAGUCAGAAUCAGAAUUAGACUUGGACAGCCACGUCAAUUGGCGUCCAUCACCCAAGGAUACAAAGAGCAACUACAAUGCCCACUCGUUUGACGGAUACAAAAGUCUGGUGCUUACUGGCCUUCGUAUCAUUUGCAGCCUCGCGGGUAGUGAGCACAACUGCAGGAUCAUAAGCAACACCAGACAUCUUACCUGCAAGAUCAUGGCACCCAUCAGCUGCGAUCUAGUGCACAGUACCCAUCAUAGUGCAUGGUCCACUUGUGUAGUAGAGGAAUCGCUCAAGGUGAUGCUUCGGCUCGUAACUGCCGACGGAGAGACCGGGAUCCAGCUACGUCGACAGAUCUCAAACAACAAAGAAGCAAUCACCACCAUGGAAAGAAUUGUUACUUGUGUAGAAUGUAAAGGCCAAAAGCUACAUAUGAAGGCCAUUAAGAUCCUCACUCAAGUAUGCAGGGAGAAAACUGAAAUAAGGGAGUUUCUGGCUAAGAUACUCGUGAGCAUCUUUGUCAACGAUGACAGCAGCAACGACUCCAUCAGAAAGGCUGCGGGCAAAGCACUGGUUGUGCUGAUUUUCAGCAGCAAAAGCAUUGCCACCAUACUCCCCAAGGAGAAUGAUGAUGCAUCUGAGUUCGUUGCUGGUCUCGUUAAAAUAGUUUCACAAGUUGGGAACCACGAUGCAUGGCGAAAAAGUGCAGCGGAAAUUCUGGAGCAUCUAUGUGUUCAUUACACUGAUAAUGAAGAAUAUCUCCGCACACUCAAGAAUACCAUGACCUGCGUGAUACCAAAGGUGCUGAGAGAAAUAUUGUCGGUAGGUGAUGAGUCAAAGCCGGUGUAUGGCAGAUCAGAUGCGGACAUCGAAUGGCAAGUUGUCGACGGUGGGUAUGCUGCUUCACAAGUCAGUGUCAGAGGCACCACCACAAUCAACAACAAGUACAACAACAACUUGCAUGCUGCCCUGCUAUCCCUCUGUGUGACAGCAUGUGAGACAUUAAACCUUGAUCUCGACAUGUUGGGAGAAGGUGUGGCCUUCAGCUUGGCGAGGAAGAUGGUGCAGCUGAACAGCGGCAAUCUCACGGCCGACUGCCUGGCAACGAUGAAGCUUACCGUCAGGAUGGUGAUAGCGGCGCUGACGAAACUCAGGGGCGCCCCCGGCAUCAUCGUCAAACGAGCUGACCUGGAGAGCCUGAUGGAGUCUCUAUCCAGGGCUUCACAGACUAUGCUUGAUCUUGAGAGCUGCAUGGUUUUCGCUGCCGCCGGGCCAACGACGACAACGACCCUCGAUUCCCUGGUGGAACAGGCGCAAAGUCUCCAUGCCGAGAUCAAACUGCGAGAGCUGGAAAUCACGCCAGCAAGCCAGGCUAGUAGCUCUCUCGGUGCCAACAAGCUACUCUAG